AUGACACCUUUUAAAACACGGCCGCAUUUUCUGCAGAAAAAUAUUUGACUUUUCUUUGAAAGGCCAACCGUCCGCUGACGUAGUGACGUUCGAUGUUGCUCUGUUGCUUUGACAACGAAUUUAACAGCGAGCCGUGGACAGUUGACAUUUGGACUUUAAAAAUCAUUGAUAGCAGUUCAAUAUCUCAAGAAACUCUGAAUAUCAUCAGGGAUUUACCAUGAAUUAUCAUCCUUUCAAUGUGGAUUGGCUGGACUCUAGUCUCCAAGCAACAUUAUUGCCCGGGAGACCAUGGCACAAGGUACGUGAAAAAUUAGAACAUGCUUUUGCUCAUGAACUUGAAGGUCAUUUGAUGAAUCCUGAGCAAAGACAGAUCAUUUUCCAGCUAAUGGGGAUCCCUUAUGUACAGAAGCACUUCAGCAACUAUCCAGAUCAGCCCAGUUUACUGCAACCACCCAACAUGACUGCUAGCCAAUGUGAGCAUCAGCUACAGAGUACUCGAGUUUGGCUACAAGAUAUGCUGAUGAAGGUAGCCAAACAGUGUGGCUGCCAAAGAAAUCCAGCUGGUGAUUAUUCUGGCCUGUCGUCCGAGAUGAUCAACUUCAUUGAUGACACAAAUAAUCUGGUUUUCAAGGAAAUGGAUCAGCUGCUAGCAAGACAUGAGGCAAAGCAAAACGAACCUGACUCUGAUUUGGCACAAAGCUGUCUUACAUGGAAGUCCUCAUCGGCAGAAUUGAUCAGGAGACGCCCUAAAUCAGUAGAGAGUAAAGACUUGCACCUGACGAUGCGGCGAGGAUCAGCAUUUCAGUUAACAACAAAUGAUGGGGACAAUCUGGAUCCCAAGCUGAUUCUUCCACCACUGAGCAGUAUGCAGAGUGAAAUACUUGGAGGUUCAAUCUGUGCCAUCCUCCAAGCAGAUUGUGAACAAAUGCCUAUUAUUUGUGAACGGCUGAGGGGAAAGUUGCUUCCGACAACAUUGAGAAGGUCCACCUGGCUGGAUAAGCUGCUGAAAGUGAAGAAACAAAAUCACAUUAAUACUUCAGGAUAUGUUGAGAAAACUAUUAGAGAGCGGUUUGGACGGGUAGUUGCACGCAGGGUGUCCGAAUUGAAACUAAGAAGUGCAACACGAUCUCCUAUUUCAGGACUGGUGGAAAAUGCUGUAGUUGAGAAAUUUGAGAAGACACCCUGCAUGCAGCCAUUUGCCACAAAUGAGCAGAUGAUUCUGGAGGCCAGUAAAGCACUCAAUAUACUGUAUGUUUAUGAUGGAACAUAUGAACCCUACCUAAUCUACUGGCUCUUUCCUCUCCAGAUUGCUUUCAAACAGGCAUCAGCAAAGGCUGAACAUCCAUAUGAACUGGCCAUGUACCUGCAUCUGCUCAUUUGCAAUCUGUUCCCAAGUUGGCCUGAAAUUUUUGGAAUGGCAGAACAAGUCAUGAAUCGUCUCAAAAAAGAAGACCCAGAAAUCUUCACACACCUUCUUUCCUGUUUCAUGAAAAACACCCUAAUUGAGCCCAAGAUAAGGUUCAAGACUGAAGUCAAGAAGCACAUCUUCAAACAAAGGUAGUGGAAAUCCAGAGGUCUCUUACCUAAAAAGCUCUUGAUGCUGUAAGUCAAGUAAAAAUUUCAAAACUAAGAUUGUUAGGUAAUGUUAAGCAAGAAUAUGAAGGAGUGCAGAACAAAUGUCUGUAGAUAAACUUAUGGGACAGGUCAACCACAACUGAAUUGAAUUGAAUGAUGAUGGGACAGGCUGCAGGGGAUUAAUGGGCAGUUCCUGUUCCCGUGAUGAUUCCAUAUUCCUUUGUUCCUUGGAAGAGUAUCACUGAUGAGGUUAAUCAGGUCUUUAUCCAGUGUCCACGUGUCCCUUUCCAUCAGGAUAAAGAGUGUUAACUGAUUUAUUUCCUCCCUUGUCCAGGGUACCAAGGCUAUCCCAUUCAGACUGAGAUCAGCUAAUUCAGCACAAAACAUAAGUUAGCCCACGGGUCAUUAUAUUUGGUUUCACACUGACUUUACCAACUGAAAUUUUAGAAACACUGACUAGUAAAUAAUUUGAUAACACAUUGACUACGUGUUCAGGUCAUCACAAUCUGUUACAGUAGUGUUUUCUAUUUUCUGAUAAAGUUUGUGUGGAAAGUUUCUGUAAAAGAGCAAGUCCUGCUCUUGCAACAUGCAAACAAUAAAAUGAGAAAUCACCCCACUAUCAAAAUAUUUAGCAAUUUUAAAAAUCUCCAGCAAGUCCAGCAAUAUAGUC